AACAAGACACAAAUAUAAUGACUAGACCUAUAUAUUUUGCCAAAUCUGCUAGUAUAAUCCACAAAAUAGCAACUGGUUCUCGAUUAAAAUGUUUUAAUGUAUUUGCUAACUGUAAAAGUUACAGUACAACCUCUAAUGUUAAGAUUGUUGAUGAUGAGGACGAGAAUAGUAAUUCAAACAUAAAACAUUUACGAAAUUUGCCCAAGAAUACAGGUUCUGGUUUAUUCAUUGAGUUACCGACUUUCAAACUAUUAAAUAAAUCGUCUUCAAAUUAUUUGGUGAAUUUGCCAAAGAAUUCAAAAUUAGAUUUAAAAUUAAACUCUAUCAUUUCCAUCUACUAUCAAAACGAUCAAAAUUAUUUAAAUAAAGAUAAUAAUCUUGAUUUAAACUUAUCUUUAAUUAAAAAAGAUCCAAAUAGUAACAUUGAAUCUAAUUUAGUGACUAAUUUACCCGUAUCUUUACUAUUUAAUAAUGUCUUGGACAAUUUGAAUUUAAUUGAAAUAAACAGUUCCAAGAAAAAAUUCAAUAAUUUAAUUGUCUUGAAUAAAAGCAAUUUAAUAUCGUAUACUUCAAGUUUAUUCUUAGAUUGUCAAAACAGUUUUUUAAAGAUUAAUGGAUCUGGAAAAAUGUUAAUCAAGUAUGAUUCGAUAAUACAAUUAUUUGAAAAUGAUUCAAUAUUAAUUUCGAAAAACUCAUUAAUAGGUUUGAGUAACAUCAAUUCAAUAAAAGAUUCUUUAAAUUUAUCAAAGUUAAACACUACUUUUAAAUUAAUUGAUUCUUUAAACUUUGGUUUCAAAUCUUAUUUAAAUUAUUUAAUUGAUAUCCAGUCAAAAUUGAACCUUUCUAUUUUUGACAACUUAUUAGCCUUAUUUAAGAAAAAAAAAACUGCAAAAGAGGAGUACCAACUCGAGAAAUUGACAAUAGAUAAUAUUGACACUAAUAAUAUUUCUAGUAAUAAUAUUAAUAACAAGAAACUAAAAUUUAGUGAAAGUAGGCUUUUGGCAAUACUCGGGACAUUAUUAAACAAAGUCAAGUCAAAAAAAGGUCAAGAUAAAGAAUUUUAUCUUAUUCAAGGUCCUGUUGUUUUGUUGAUUGACGAGAAUUUCAGCUCAGUCAUCAAAUGAUAUAUGUAUUCUUCUAUUAUUGAUGCUGUGGAAACACUAAAUUCUAAAUUCGAGGAUGAUUUCAGUCGGUUAUUGUAAAAUCGGUUAGUUAAUUUCAAAUCGUUUGUUAGUCUAUAUAAUUUUUCUCAAUCAAAUAUUUUUGUUUACUGUUUUUACUCUGUGAAUCUUAAUAGAUCUGUUUUUAUACUCCCUAACCAAACUUUUUCUGUUGCCCGAGCAACUCUUUAUUGUAUCUCUUUGAAACCAACCACAGUCCAGCUCAAAAGACAGUAUUUCAUCAAUCAAUUUGGAAUGCAAACAUUUAUCUGUGAGCAAA